UCAAUGAAUCUCGGACAGGACGAUGAGGUGCUGAAGCAGAUUGAGAGAGAGGUGCGAAUGCGGGAAGGGGCCAGUAAGCUACUAGCAGCUUGUUCCAGGAGAGAUCAGGCCCUGGAGGCCUCCAAGAGCCUGCUAACCUGUAAUGCCCGCAUUCUGGCCUUGCUCAGCCAACUACAGAAGAUGAGGAAAGCUCAAAUCCUUCAGAGAGUGGGACACAGGCCAUCUGAAGAUAAAGUGCCAUGUUUAGGAAAGAUAGCCCUUUCAGACCUGCGAAUCCCACUGAUGUGGAAAGACUCAGAGUACUUCAAAAACAAAGGGGAGCUACAUUCCUGUGCUGUGUUCUGCCUGCUUCAGUGUGGCACAGAGAUCCAUGACACUGGUCUGGUGAUGGUAGACAGGACUUUAACUGACAUCUGUUUUGAAGACACUAUCAUAUUCAACGAGGUAGAUCCAGGGUUCCAGCUUCGUGUUGAGCUGUACAGCAGUUGUGUGGUUGAGGAUUUCUCCCUGAGCGCUCUAGGACCCAGGAGAGUGAGCCGUCUGGGGGGCUCUCUGGGAUGCUCUUCAGGGAAAAAGAUUCGUGCUGUGUUUGAGUCUGCUGCUGUUUGUGGAUCCAUUUCCAGUGGAGGAGAUGUACCGCCUUUAUCUCCUGACCUGUCUGCACUGGGACCUAAGUAUAACCUGCUGGCUCACACAACACUGAUUAUCGGACACAUCCAGGAAGGUUUCAAGACACAUGAUUUGUCACUAGUAGCAACAGAGGAUUGUCCAUUCUGGUUGCCUCUGUAUGGCAAUAUGUGUUGCCGCCUAGUUGCUCAGCCUCUGUGUAUGAUUCAGCCAGUCAUUAGUGGCCAACUCAAAGUUAAGCUUGGAGAGGACGAUAAUUACUGGGAAAAUGUCUAUGGCAUCCUCAGGGGGCAACAUCUCCUCUGCUAUCAGAGUCAAGAAGACCUGGAGUCUGAGGACAAGCCACUACUUGUAAUCCCCACAAAAAAGGAUUCCAUUGUCUAUGUGUCAGAGAAAGAUCCUGUCCAGUGCCAGAGUAUUUACAUCAGUACACAGCAUCAAGGAGAGGAUGUAAUCUACAUGCUGUCCACGCACACACCUGAAGAUAUACAGCGCUGGACUGAGGCCCUCUGGCAGCACAUCUAUAACAUGAGCCAGUGGAAGCAGUGUUGUGAUCACGUCAUGAAGAUUGUAAUCCCGAACACCAGGAAACCCAUUACAGUGAAGCAGGGAUCACUCUACCAUGAAAUAGUAACACCAAUCUCCCCCAGAGAGGGUCUUGUGGUUCCAGAUUUAUCUGUUGAGAUCCACACUUUGCUCUCUUCCUAUUACAAGGAAAGGUAGGCUUUCUUCAAU